ACACGUCCUCGCCCAGUUCGUGACGCAGUCCCGCUCUUCCUCCUUGGCGUCUUCCUCCCCUGGGCUGUUCCGGAUGAGACGCCUCCCUCCUUCCGCCCCUCUGAUCCUCUUAUCAGCGAGUAAGCGGCCAAGAUGGAUGUUGUAAACCAGUUGGUGGCCCAAGGGCAGUUCACGGUUCUCAAACAACCGUUGGGAUUUAUCAAAAUUCUACAAUGGAUCUUUGCGAUCUUCGCCUUCUCGACAUGCGGCAGCUACUCCGGCAUGUUGAAGAUGAGCGUGGAGUGUAAAAACCGGUCGGAGAGUGACCUAGCCAUUGAAGUAGAAUUCGAAUAUCCGUUCAGGCUCCAUCAGGUUUACUUUGAUGCCCCCACCUGUAAGGGAGGGAAGCCUGAGCGUCUAUUCCUGGUCGGGGACUACUCCUCCUCGGCUGAGUUCUUCGUCACCAUCGGUGUCUUUACCUUCCUCUACUCUAUGGCAGCCCUCUCCGUAUACUGUUUCUUACUGGAGAAGUACCGUGAAAACGCCAAGGGGUGCAAGAUUGACUUUGUUGUGUCAGCGGUAUUUGCCUUCAUGUGGCUGGUGUCUUCAUGUGCUUGGGCUAAAGGCCUGUCUGAUGUGAAAACCGCCACCGAUCCAGAGAAGGUCAUCACUCUCAUUGACGCCUGUGAAGAACCAGGGAAUCGCUGCCGUGAAGUCUACGACCCCAAGGUCUCCGGCCUCAACACCUCCGUGGCAUUUGGCUUCAUCAACCUGAUCCUGUGGAUAGGAAACCUGUGGUUUGUGUUCAAGGAGACCGGCUGGAUGGCUGCCUUCUCUGGGACAUACGUCCCAUCACAGGAAAAGCAGCCCGCCCCCGAAUCCUUCGACCAGGGAGGCUAUGCCCAGCAGGACCCCUAUGCCGGCUCCCAGGGAGGUUACCAGCCCGAAUACGGCCAGCAGGGAGGCUACACCGAGGAAGGAGGAUACAGUCAGGGCUAUGAGCAGCAGCCCACCUCCUACUCUAAUCAAAUGUGAGCCUGUCCAGCCGAACCACAGCUGCAGGAUGGGUGACAUUGUGAUUUUGGAAUGUGGUUCUCGACCACCGCCUGCAUUUCCACACUCCUCUGUUUGUCUGUUUGUGUAUCUGUGAGUUGGCAGGCGGAAGGGGGGGGGGGGAGCCACGGAGGGCAGGAACUGCUGGGGUCGGGGGAGGGGGACACCACGGGGGAAAGGGGUCUUUGCUGUAACAUGAUGUUUAUUCUCGUGAUGUAUUUAACUGUAGAAGACAACGGAGGAUUGUCUGUUUGGUUAUACGAGGAAAAACUUGAAUACAAAUACCAAAACAUUCGUUGACGAACAUUUAAGAGAAAUCUUGUAAUGGAAAAAGACUUACAUUUAUGGAGAAAAAAAAAAAAUUGUAGUAAUAUUUAACUUGGGAGAAUGUAUUUGUCUGUGCUGUGUAAAUAUCAACAUGCUGAUAUAUAUGAUUAUAUGUACACAGUUGGAUAUUUGUGCACUCCAUAAAAGUUGUUAUACAACAAAUGUUGAGCACAGAGUUAUUCAAUUGCAUUUACUUUGGUUCUGUUUAGGAGCUCACAUAGUUUAGCCUUCGCCCUUCAAUCCCCUAAAUUAUUCAUAUACCGCAAUGUUUUCAUUUAUUCAUCUCAGUCUAUCAAAAAAGAUUUUUUUUUUACUUUUUUAAAUUUGAGAUUUAUUAAUGGAGGGCAAGGCUGCUGAAAAUAUGGCGGCAAACGUUGAAAGAAAAACAGAAUAAUCAAUAUAUAAAGUGAGCAGAGUCGUUUAUAGAAAUAACAGUGAAUAUGUGUUUAGCAGGUUUUAAGUAUGUUGUUUCAACGUUAUGUUUUUAUAUCUAUUUUUCCAUCAGAUGUCACUAUCAAGCGAGGAUGAACUCUUCUGAAAAGCACAACAUUUUAAAUCCUGACUUAUAAGAUCAAACGUUGCAUCAGGUUAAGGAAAUUAGUGAGCAUGGUAGCGUCUCAUAAUUGCUGUGCUGUUUCAGAAACCGCUAUAGUGCGCUAUCAGUGUGAGAAUUGUGAAGCGGGGCAGUGAACAACAGAUUUAGCGAUGUGUGUGUUUAUUUUGUUUGUUUGGAUUUAUGUAAUGGGAUUGGAACUGAUGUCGUCAAUGAAUCCUCGUCCUGUUUUCAUCGCCUGUUAUGUGGUCCCGGAACGUUUAAGACAGAGUCAUAUAGUUUUUUAACUGGUGUUUCUAUUCUAUCCCACUGUAAUCAGAGACGUAUACAUACUCACGUUAACAUUAACUGUAGGCAAAUGAGAAUAAAGUAUAUUAAAGGACUAAACACAUAUUAUCAUGAGACGAUUUGAACAAUAUGUCUUCAUAUAUGCUUCUCCUGCAUCCUCAAUUUCCUUCUUUUUCCCUUCUGUUUCUAAAUUUACUGCAUGCAUCUUUAUAACCUAAAGCAUCCCUAAACAUAUUUGAGAGGCUUAAAGCUACAGGAAGGUUAGACUCCACAGUAAUACCGGGCUAUGUUGGAACCAUCAUAGUGGCACAGCACGUACAGCAGCUCUGCUAUAUUCUACUCAAAGCACAAAGUAAGUGCUGCAAUAAUUACUUUUUUUUUUUUCCAGAUAUAAAUACCUACCCUACUGCCAAUCCUCUGUUUGGAUACACCAGCUCGUGUUUGCCAAAUGGUUAGAGAUGCGUCUUGAUGGUAGUUUUGCUUCCACAGUCCUCCCCAGGAUGAGUUGUUAUCCAUCUCCAGUGUAUAUCGAUCCAUUGCACAGCCUUGGAUUCAUAUAUUUAUUUUUUAUUUUUUGAAAUCCUUUUAAUCAGGGUUAUUUGAUUCAGGCGGUGUAGAAGCACCUGGCUUUCUCUCUUCCUCUAGUCCUCCCCACAUGUUCUUUUUUCUCUCUCUCUCUCUCUCUCUCUCUCUCUCUCUCUCUCUGUCUUUCUCUCUCUUUCACUGUAGCUCUUAUAAAUACGCUGAAAUGAAAUGAAAUAUACUCUGUCGUUAGUGGUGAAUGAUGUCUUGUGGUACUCUCUCUCUCUCUCUCUCUCUCUACGCCCUUGGAUAGUGCUGUGUUUAUUGUGUAUGAUGUAUUCAUAUUAGUAUUUAUGAUAAUGAUAAGUCCGAGAAAAAAAAUAUCCAAGACUCUCCAGAAUUCUUCUGUAUUCUUAUUAUAUGGGAUCCAUGUGAAACAAAAAUGAAAUAAACUUGAAAUUAUUCUCUUGAAGGUUAAAA